AUGCGUUUGGAUGUAAUUAAACAUCGCCGAGUUUCCCUUAAAGUACCAGGAGAUAAUUUUCAAGAAAAUGAGGAUGAAACUUCGACUGAAAACGUUGUCACAGUAAUCGCUCCAGAUGAGAUUACGAGUAGUUUACGAGAAAGAAGGAGAGGGAAAGCACAAGGAUUACGAAUUUCUCUUAAUCCUCCACGUCCCACUCUUCAAUCUGGAGGUUCUCUCGAUUGGCCCCCAGCAGGCAGUCCAUUUAGUGCCGGUCUUGUUGGGGCAAGUUGGCGUCCUCCUCCAUUGGGAGAUAAUCUCCGAACUUCUGAACAACUCAAUCGUUGGAUAGCUAAUGGAGAUAUACAACCCUUAGAAUCUUUACUUCUAUCAGGCCGUUCAGACCUUUUAAUGGGGACUGAAUAUAAAGAAAAUUUUAUUUAUGGACAUAAUCGUUCAAAACAAUUUAUUGCAGAUUUAGCCGAGUAUAAUGUUAAAUAUGAAAGGUUUUUGGAGGCUGUAGUAAGUGGAGAUGAACAUACAGUUCGUCAACUAAUUGAUUUUCGACAUCUCGUACAGUCCCGACAUCCAAGAACUCAUACAACUACUAUUCAUUUGUCUGCAAUUUUUGAACGGCCAAUAAUUCUUCGAAUUCUUCUCGAAAAAGACCGUAAUUUGGUUGAUUCUCGUGAUGCUGAGGGUCGAAGCCCUUUACAUUAUGCAGCUGCCAUAGCUGGAACUCUAGGCCCUAAAGGCUUAAAAUUAGAAGAAAAUUCAGACGAAUCCAAUAACAACAAUAAUAUUCAACAAUCUGUGGAGGAAGAGGAAUGUUUUGAUAUUUUACUUGAUUAUGGGGCUAAUGAGGCUUUACUUGAUGUUGAGGGAUAUACACCUAUGAAUUUCCAUCGAUCACCCCAUUUAUUAGAUAUGCACCAAAUACGCGGAUUGAAUCAAUUUCCAAUACGGCCAGGUGAUAAUAUUGAUGAAUUGAUUGCUCAAAGAAAUGUAAAAGCUUUGAGAGAAAUUGUUUUGGCUGGAGACUACAAAUCACAAAUUGAAGGAAGAAUAUUUCCCCCCGAAAGUCGAGAUUUAGCCCCAACACUUUUACAUCUCCAAACACGAAUUUUAGCGAUACACGAAGCAAUUCGAAAUAAAGACCAAAGAACAUUAAAACAAUUAGUUGAUAGUUGGGAUACAGCAACAGGGAAGGACGAAUAUGGAAGAACCCCUUUACAUAUUGCUGUUUUGUAUGGAAGGGCUAGAAUGGCUAGAUAUUUACUAUUGUUAUUUCCUCGUUGUGUUGAUUUAGUAGAUAAGGCUCAACGGACAUCUUUACAUUAUGCUAGUUGUUUACCAGAUGAGCAUCAACGUACACAAAUGACAAGAAUUCUUUAUAGAGCUGGAGCAGAGAUUUCAUCAAAAAUAAAUGGAAAUAAAAUAACAAAAAAGUCAAAGAAAAUAAAAGAAAAUGAUGAAAAUGAAGAAGAAAAGAUGGAUGGGCAAAAAGAAGAAGGAUUUCCAGAUAUAGAGAAAGUAAUAUUAUCAGAUAGUGAUGAUGAGGAUGAAUCGACAGAAGAGGAUUUAAUAAGGACUAAUUGGAGGAUAAACAAAAAUGAUGAGGAUAAUAAAAUGGGAGGAAAUGAAGGAGGAGAAGGAGAGGGGGAGGGAGAGGAGGAAAUGUUUUUAGUUAAAGAUAGUGAAAAAAUGCAAAAAACUAAUAAUUUACAAAAAAUAAUUUCUUAUUUAUUAUUUAAUAAUUCAACAGACGGGGAUGAAUCUGUUGAUGAAAAUAUUGAAAGACGUGUUUUGUCUAUAGAUUUUAAUCAAAAACAAUAUCGUCAAUUAGAACAAUUAUAUUCUGAAGGGUUGGGUGGAAAAGUUUGGCUUGUUGUUAAAAAACAUUUGGGAAAUGAAAAAUUAGUUAAAUAUAUUUAUGCUUAUCGUCAAGCACAAAACAGACUUUCUCAAGUAUUUGGAGCUAUUGAAUCAAAUGAUUUUCGUAAACUUAAAGUUUUGUUAGACGAAGAAAUUGUUCAAGCUAGGGAUUUAAGGGGUUUAACCCCUCUUCACAUUGCCGUUUUAGAGGAAAGACAUGAAAUGGUUGAAUUUAUAGCAAAUCAAUUUCCAGCACAUAUAAAUAUUUCUGAUCAUUUGGGCAGAACAGUUGCACAUUAUGCAGCUCCCCAACAAAAUGCUAUUUAUGACACUUUAUCAGAUCUUGGGGCUGAUAUAAAAAUUCCUGACAAAAAUGGAUUUAGUGCAGAACGUUAUAGAGCAAAUCCAAAACAAAUGGUUCGUCCAUUACCUCUUUUAAAUAUUAAUGAAAAAGAAAAAAAAAUAAUAAAUAAUAAAAUAUCCAAAAAUGGUUUGUUGUCAUUACAAAAUAUGAGAAAUAAUAAUAUAUCUAUGGACGAAGAUGGUUAUUCUAUUUUUGAUCCCGGUAGGGAGUUUUUAAAUUAUUUAAAUAUUUAUUUUGUUCUUUAUCCCCUCUCACUCUCUCUCUAUCUUUUUGUACUUUUAUAA